CCUGGAAGUUGUCUUUGUCCGGCCAAGGCUGCCCUUCCGGUUCCGUUGGGUCCCCCUUUGGCUCGGGUUCCCUGCCCCUCCCCCUUCCCGGAGCCCCGAGGGGCCGGAGCUCCUGGCGUUGCAGGAUCCUGACGGCGGCCUUCCCUUGGGUCUGUCUGCCAAAAUGUCUGAAAGAUCAGAUCUCCUUCACUUCAAGUUUGAAAAUUAUGGAGAUUCAAUGUUACAAAAAAUGAACAAAUUAAGAGAAGAGAAUAAAUUUUGUGAUGUUACAGUUCUCAUAGAUGAUAUUGAGGUACAGGGGCAUAAAAUUGUGUUUGCUGCAGGUUCCCCCUUCUUAAGAGACCAGUUUUUACUGAAUGAUUCCAGAGAGGUGAAAAUCUCCAUAUUACAGAGUUCCGAAGUGGGGAGACAAUUGCUCUUAUCCUGUUAUAGUGGUGUGCUGGAAUUCCCUGAGAUGGAACUGGUAAAUUACUUGACUGCUGCAAGUUUUCUUCAGAUGAGCCACAUUGUAGAACGGUGCACGCAGGCCCUGUGGAAGUUUAUAAAGCCAAAACAACCAAUGGAUAGUAAAGAGGGAUGUGAACCACAGAGUGCUUCUCCCCAGUCAAAAGAACAGCAGGGGGAUGCCAGAGGCUCCCCAAAGCAGGACUCACCUUGUAUUCAUCCAUCUGAAGACAGUAUGGAUAUGGAGGACAGUGAUAUUCAGAUUGUUAAGGUAGAAUCUAUUGGGGAUGUAUCAGAGGUUAGAAGUAAGAAAGAUCAGAACCAGUUUAUUUCUUCUGAACCCACUGCUUUACAUUCAUCAGAGCCCCAGCACUCCCUGAUAAAUUCAACUGUGGAAAACAGAGUAAGUGAAAUAGAACAAAACCAUCUCCACAAUUAUGCCCUCUCUUAUACAGGCAGUGAUAACAUCAUCAUGGCCUCAAAAGAUGUCUUUGGGCCUAAUAUUCGAGGUGUAGACAAAGGUCUACAGUGGCAUCACCAAUGCCCAAAGUGUACCAGGGUGUUUCGUCACCUGGAGAACUACGCCAACCAUUUAAAAAUGCACAAACUCUUUAUGUGUCUACUCUGCGGCAAGACUUUUACUCAGAAAGGCAACCUUCAUCGACACAUGCGUGUGCAUGCCGGAAUUAAACCUUUCCAGUGUAAAAUCUGUGGGAAAACCUUUUCUCAGAAGUGUUCCUUACAGGAUCAUCUUAACCUUCACAGUGGAGAUAAGCCCCAUAAAUGUAACUAUUGUGAUAUGGUUUUUGCACAUAAACCAGUUUUGAGGAAACACCUUAAACAGCUGCAUGGCAAAAACAGCUUUGAUAAUGCCAAUGAGAGAAAUGUACAAGACCUCACAGUGGAUUUUGAUUCUUUUGCAUGUACAACAGUCACAGACUCUAAAGGGUGUCAGCCACAACCUGAUGCAACACAGGUCCUGGAUGCAGGUAAACUGGCCCAAGCUGUCCUGAACUUAAGGAGUGAUAGUACUUGUGUGAAUUGAGUAGGGGCUUCAUGCUCACAACUCGAACUGACUGAGAAUGUGGCAAUAGUCUCAGUCUUUAUAGGAGUGAUUUUGCUAGUUUGACUUCUCCAAAGCCUCUUUGUGGAUGGUAGGGGUGAGUCAAAGCACUAGUAGACCAGGCAACUUACCACUUGGAGUGGUUUUGCCUUCCAUUUGCCCUAUCCCAUUUUCUGUUUUGAAUUAUUUAUCCUGUGAUGUCUGUUUUCCUUUCCCAAGGAAUAAUUCCAUUUGUCUACCUAAUGUUGACUUAUGUCUUUGACUGACACUAUUUAGGCUUUUCACUAGGCACAUUCUGAAGGUACCAAUAAGUUGAUAACAUCACCUACUCUCCAGUAAUAGAUGCUAAGAGAAGUAAUAAUAUUUUUCUUUGGUAGAAAAUAUACUGAGAUAUAAGGUGAUACUGCUUUUGACCUAAAAAUGUGAUAGAACUUCUGGUUGCCUAUUGAUAAUUCCUCCAUGUCUGAUUAAUGAAUGAAUCUGCUUCUUACCAUUUGUACUUGUCUUGGAGCUGGCUAUAAAGAAUUAUGUUGGGUUUUUUUUGUGCUCUUCGACAGUAUCAUAGCCCAACUUCAUUUCACUGAAUUUUUCACAUAGACCAGAUUACAAUCUUUUCAGCAACACCUACAGGCAAACAGUGAGGGAUCAUCAUGAGGAGCAUAAUCAGCCAAGGAUAGAAGUACGAUUGUACUGUAGCACUUAAUUGGGAAAGUUCCCUGGUAACACCUCCCACCAAGAGGCCAGAUGCUUAUAAUUAAUGUGCAACUUGUUGAUGCUUUUGAAAUCAGGAUUGCUCUGGGCACAUUUAAGAUAUGCUAAAGUAUAAGGGUCUCUCUAAAAAGAGACUAUUUGGGAUUCUCUGAAUUUUGUUUCAGAGUUUAGCUAUCAGAAAGGUGAGUUUGGCCAUCAGAAUUUUGUCCAGCACACUGUAAGAGUCUCUGGAUUUUCAUUUCCUGGUCUACCUUAAUUUCUAAAAUGGGUGAUAAAAGUUAAGUGGGACACAGAAGGCAAUCAGAAUUUUGCAAUUAGACAUUCUUAAAGGUACACUGUCCCACAUUGCCGCCUUUGAUAGAUUGCUAAUACAAAGUUAAUCUUUAAAUAUCGGAAAACAAAACAACUAUUUUUCCUCAAGCACAUGUUGUACUUUAGACAUAAAAUUUUGAGUCAUAUUUGUUUCUGACCUAUGAGUUAGAGUUAGAUAAUAGUAUUAGAGUCCUUAGAGAAUCUUAAGAGACCAUUUAUUCCACCUGGUUCACUUUAAGUUGGGGUAUCCAAAGCCCAAAGAUGUGGCCUGGCCAAGACUGGCCAAGAAUAAAUAGUGACUAAAUGUGAGCUAAUGUCUUCUUACUACUUCUCCCUAUCCCUUGGUUUAAAGAUUUAGCACAUAAUGAAGAAUAACACAGUAGCAAAAAGUUCCCAGUUUGUUUUGCCUUUAUGUUUCCCUGUUGGCUUUCUGAGAUAGGCUGGCUUUUGUCAACAGAAUAUCACAGAGGAAUUUGUUAGUUAGUUAAUUUUUAGUUAGAUGAAUAUUAUAUUAUUCCCAAGCAAGUAACUGAUUUGCUAGGUGUUGGUUAGGGAGGGAAAGGACAAGUAAGAAUGAUGUGGGAAGGAUUCAACUGUGAAAUUAAUUUUGUAUGGAAAACUGUUUAUUAGUUACCAUCAGGAUUUUCUAUUUUUAUUUUUGAGCUAUAAGAGUACUUGUACAGGUAAUCCAAAAAUUAGGCUUAAUUUGUAUAGUUAGAGGGAAUUCUUAAAUUGUUAUAAUUUGAUACAUUUACAUGUAUCAUUGUCAUCACAUGCAAAUUAUUAUGUGAGUCAGAUUUGAGGUAUAAUUUGUCUUUUGUUCAAAUAUUUAAAGUGACAGUAUAGUUGAGUGGUAAGACCAGUAGGUAUCUCAUGCCUAACUACACUCAGUAUAUUGUCUAAUGAUGUUUCCUAGCAUUGUGAUUUUUAUAUGAUCCAGCCAAAGAGUACCAAUUCUAUGCAACAGUGAAAUUCUACCCUGUCAACCAUCCAGCGUUUUUGGUAUUUUCUCUGAACAUCAUUUCUUCAUGGGGAAAUUUUAAUUUGGAGUGCUUCCUUUGCUCAUAUUCAUGUCCUGUUUUUUAAUAUUGGUUUGAAGACUAAAAGGCAGGGGUUCAGAUAAGAUUGGUCUCUUUGGUUGGAGACUAUUUCUGGGUUCAUUCAGUUAUUCAAGAAACAUUAUUAUAAGGACCUACUGUUGCCAGACACUGUACUAGAUACUAGGAUAUAAAGGUAAGAUUGAUACAGUCCCUGCCCUCAUGGAGCUUAUAGUCUCAUGUGGUCUUAGUGAAACAAGGUCUCAAUUUGUUUUUAUACUAAGAAUAAUAAAGAAAACUGCCUUGCUUUCUUUGAUCACUUAAAAUUAGCAUCUUUAUGGUUUUGUAUCAGUAAAACUUUUAGUUCUCACCUUUUGCAAAUGCAAACCACUGAAGUGAUUUACAGUCUCCUCCAUUUCUUGGCUGGAGAAGUGUUCUGUUUCUGUGAGACAUUUUCUAAUUUUGGUGAGACUUGACUUUUCUCCUUUGCUUAUACGUAUUUGUUAGGAUUAUAUUGCAAAGAGGUCAAGUUACUAAUAUCAAGUACAUUUUAUAGAGGAAGAUGGCUUUCAAAACUAGUCAUAUUCCUGUAGAGGAAAAAGAUUCUUAAAACCUUAGUCAUUCAGCAUUUGUAUUUUAUGGAUCCCCAGGAUAACUAAAAAGGAGAGAGGACUUUCUUUACCAUAGUUUGGUUUUUGAAAAAAUUACUGUGUCACAGUUAUUUAUUUAUUAUUUAAUUUUAAAGACAAACUCUAAACUGAAGUGGCUCUGAGGUAAAUCAGAUGUGAUUUUAAUUUGUUUUAGUUUAUUAGAAGAUCUAUAAAUGGAAGGUGACCAGUGUCACUGCUUCUAACAUAUUGUCCUAAACAAACCAGAACAUUUUAUUUCAGCUCAUGAAUAGCUGUUCUAAAUCUGUUGUAUGUUAGACAUACUAUGAACUACCUCUUCACUUAUUAUGGGGAAGUUUCCUUAAUAAAAGUAUGACAAUUAAA